AGAAAAAAAGCAGCAAGCCCUUGGCUGGCCCGUCGCAGUCUAUGCAAAGCGGUGCAUUUGGCAGGAGGCGCUCCGGAGCGGCAGCUGGCUCUUCCUUUCCCUUCCCGUCCAUGCUCGGCACCAGAGCCCUCUGCACUGCUCACUUUGAUCCGCGUUGGUCCCGGCUUGCCUUCCCCGCGCCAGAUUCCCCGCUUUGCCCUCCCACGGAUCCUACGAGCUCCGCACUGGCUGUCAAGAAGAACCAUGGACUGUUUCUAUCUGCCGUGCUCUCUGUCAAGACACCAUGACGCCUGGUAACCGGAUGCUGAUGGUCCUCCUAUUGUGCCAAGUGCUGCUCGGAGGGACGACUCACCGUGCCAGCCUCAUCCCCACCGAGAUUGGCAAGAAGAAGGUGCCGGGGGACCUCCACCCUCACCACCCACAGCAGCCGGCGCCUCGAGGGGGGGACCAGAGGGGCGAGGGUGUGGGGGGCAGUUCCACGGGCUCCUCUCGCCGCCCUCUGCCCAGCCAUGAGCUGCUCCGUGGCUUCGAGGCCACCCUCCUGCAGAUGUUUGGCCUCCGCCACCGGCCAAGGCCCAGCCCAGCCGCUCUGGUGCCCUCCUACAUGCUGGACCUCUACCGCCUCCAGUCUGGGGAAGGGGAGGACCGCCUUCACGACCUCAGCCUCCAGUAUCCUGAGAAGCCCACCAGCCGUGCCAACACUGUCCGCAGCUUCCACCACGAAGAGCACCUGGAGCAAGUGCCGGGUUCGGAUCCCCGCCUGGGUCGCUUCCGCUUCUUCUUCAACCUGAGCAGCGUGCCGGCGGUUGAGGCCAUCUCUACCGCAGAGCUACGUCUCUUUCGUGAGCGGAUCCCCGAUGCUGCGGAGGACGACGAGGGUGACCUCCACCGGAUCAACAUUUACGAGGUGAUGAAGCCGUGGCGGGACGGGGAGGACCCGGUCACCCGGCUGCUGGACACUCGCCUGGUGCGCCACAACGUGAGCGGCUGGGAGAGCUUCGACGUCAGCCCAGCGGUGUCGCGAUGGACGGCGGGCGGUCAGCCCAACCACGGCUUGGCGGUGGAAGCCCUCCACCUCCACCCCAAGCAGACUCACCAGGGCCGGCACGUCCGGAUGAGCCGCUCUUUACCUCAAGGCGGGGGGCGCCUAGAGGACGGCGCUUGGGCCCACCUCCGUCCACUUCUGGUGACUUUUGGCCACGACGGUCCCAGUGGCUCGGCCCUGACGCGGCGCCGGAGGGCCAAGCGGAGCCCCAAAGGACCCGGAGGCUCCGGCGGGCGGGCACAACGCAAGGGCAAGAAGAACUGCCGGCGCCAUGCCCUCUAUGUGGACUUCAGCGACGUGGGCUGGAACGAUUGGAUUGUGGCUCCGCCGGGCUACCAAGCCUUCUACUGCCACGGCGACUGCCCCUUCCCCUUGGCCGACCACCUCAACUCCACCAACCACGCCAUCGUCCAGACGCUGGUCAACUCCGUCAACGGCAGCAUCCCCAAGGCGUGCUGCGUGCCCACCGAGCUGAGCGCCAUCUCCAUGCUCUAUUUGGACGAGUACGACAAGGUGGUCCUCAAGAACUACCAGGAGAUGGUGGUUGAAGGAUGCGGGUGCCGUUGAGGACUGGUAUCAAAGAGUUAUGGGGCCAGCCAAGGAGUGUUUGGUGGAGCUGGAGCGACGGCGUUGGACUACAAAGCCCAGCAUCCGUAGGAAGAUGUGUCAGGCAUUCUGGGCUGAAGAACAACCAGCCAAGGAACAGACUGGACAUGAGAAGGAGACUAGAAGUGGUGGGCAGAAGAGUGGCUUCCAAUCCACUCUGAUUUAAAAUCUAGGAGUUUUAGGAGACUAUCACACUAUAGUGUUACAGCGCUGUUAUUCCACUAUUCUUCUUGAGAUCAAUUCUGGGAUUUGUAGUUUAAGAAGGGCUCUAAGUCUGAGAAGUCCUGGGCCUUGCUAUAAACUAGAAAGCUCAGGAUCCCACAGAAGGCAGCCAUAGCAGUUAAAGUGGAAUAACACCGCUUUAAUAGUGUGGUGUGAAUGUGAUCCAUCUUCUAAGCCCUCUCCUUUGCGGAAGGUUGUCAUGCUCAGAGAAUUAGAGAGAACAGUGCUUGGGAAAUGGACUUUGUGGGACUACAGUGCCCAGCAUCCCCAGGAGGAUGGUUGUUUGUGGGGCUCCUGGGAAGAUUUCUCCUUCCAAGGGAAGGUUUCUGGGCUUUGUGAGACUAUAGUCCCCAGCAUCCCAAGGAAGAUGGGUAUUUUUUUGAGGGUUUCUGGAGAUUUGGUCCCUUCUGAGUUCAGAGAGAAUGGGAAAGAAGCUACAGCCCAAAAUCAUAGAAGAUUUGGGGAUUCUGGGAGCUGCAAUAUCAAUACUAACUUUUCCAAGCGGAGCAGGAAUGUUUGAUAAACUAUUUCCUUGGAGUAAAACUCCCCAAAUUCCCUAGUUUUCCACAGAGUGAAAAUAGAGUUUUGAGACCUUUCUUUGUUGGAUUACAACUCCCAGAAUCCACCAACUUCCAGGGGAUUAUAGGAGUUGCAGUCCCACACAGUAACUUCUUUGAUUUGGGAGGUUGCUGAGCUUGGAAUACAAAAUAAAGUUACUUCUUGGACUCUAAUGCUAGGAAUGUGUCCUGCAAAAGUUACUUUCCCAAGGUCUGAGCUAAGAGAUAUAACAUUCUCUGCAUCCUUCUUCUGUUUCCCCGGUUUUGAUAGAAUGGCCUGGUUGAUUUUAUUUUAAAUUCCUAAAAGAAAUGGAGACACAAAAUCUCACAAAAUGCCCCUUUUCUCACCUUCCUUCCGAAGGAAUGCCAGCAAAAAUACAGAAUAAUAAUAAUAAUAAUAAUUAAACAAAUCCCUUUGUUCCGUUCACCUUGACCUUAUUUAUGAUUUUAUGUGCAAAUGUUUUGACAAUAAUGAUCAUAUAUUUUGACAAAAUAUAUUUAUAACAACAUAUUAAAAGAUAAAAAAAUAAA